AUGCCAAAUCCCUUUCCCUUCUGUCCUCUCGCCUUUGGGGCUUCCUCUUCCCUCCACACACCCCACACUGGCGAGUCUCCACCCACCUUGGGCACUUCUCCACUGGCUCCAGACAAAGCAAGCUGUUGUCUGGGAGCUAGUGACUGCAGAGGGGGCAGGAGAGUUAUUCCUCCCAGGCUGGGCCGUGCCCUCUGGGCCAGAUCUCGGGCAGCUGGAAAACACAUGGCAAGCUUGCUUAGACCCCACAAUUGGGUGCCAGGGCCAGUUGGUGAGGAGCUCCAGGUGCCAGACAAGGACGCCAAGGCCAUGGUGGGCACAGAAGACACACCUGGAGGCAAAGCCAGCCCAAAUCCUCAAAAUUUGCGGUCAAGUGUGUUCCACAGCAUCAAGUUCUUCGUCCUGUGCCACAGCCUGCUGCAGCUGGCACAGCUCAUGAUGUCCGGCUACCUCAAGAGCUCCAUCUCCACAGUGGAGAAGCGCUUCGGCCUCUCCAGUCAGACCUCAGGGCUACUGGCCGCCUUCAAUGAGGUGGGGAACACAGCCCUGAUUGUGUUUGUGAGCUAUUUCGGCAGCCGGGUACAUCGGCCCCGCCUGAUCGGGUGUGGAGCCAUCCUUGUGACCCUGGCGGGCGUACUCAUGACUGUCCCGCACUUCAUCUCAGAGCCGUACCGCUACGACCACACCAGCCCUGCAGACAUGCCACAAGACUUCAAGGCUUCCCUGUGCCUGCUCAGCACCAAGGCCCCAGCUUCAGCCUCGUCCAACAGCAGCUGCUCUAGCUACACAGAGGUUCGGCACCUGGCUGUGGUGGGGAUCAUGUUCACGGCCCAGACCCUGCUCGGCGUGGGUGGGGUGCCCAUUCAGCCCUUUGGCAUCUCCUACAUCGAUGACUUUGCCCACAACAGCAACUCGCCCCUCUACCUCGGUAUCCUGUUUGCAGUGACCAUGAUGGGGCCAGGCAUAGCCUAUGGGCUGGGCAGCCUCAUGUUGCGCUUUUACGUGGACAUUGAUCGAAUGCCAGAAGGUGGCAUCAACCUGACCUCGAAGGACCCCCGAUGGGUGGGUGCCUGGUGGCUGGGCUUCCUCAUCUCGGCUGGUGCGGUGGCCCUGGCCGCCAUCCCCUACUUCUUCUUCCCCAAGGAGAUGCCCAAGGAGAAGCAAGAGCUUCGCUUCCGGCGAAAGGGCUUGGCAGUUUCAGACCCACCUGUCAGCAAGGGUGAGGAUUCCUCUUCUGAGCAGAGCCCUGCAGAGUCCCUAGAGAAGAAAGACAACCUAGCUCAGAUGGCCCCAGACCUGACUGUGAUCCAGUUUAUCAAAGUCUUCCCCAGGGUGCUGCUGAGGACCCUGCGCCACCCCAUCUUUCUGCUGGUGGUCCUGUCCCAGGUGUGCAUGUCGUCCACGGUGGCAGGCAUGGCCACCUUCCUGCCCAAGUUCCUGGAACGCCAGUUCUCCAUCACAGCAUCCUACGCCAACCUGCUCAUAGGCUGCCUCACCAUCCCGCUGGCCAUCGUGGGCAUCGUGGUCGGGGGCAUCCUGGUCAAGCGCCUCCGCCUGGGCCCCAUGCACUGUGGCAGCCUUUGCCUGCUGGGGGCGCUGUGCUGCCUGAUCCUCAGCACGCCCCUCUUCUUCAUGGGCUGCUCUUCCCAUCAGAUUGCAGGCAUCAGCCACCAGCCUGGCACCCAGCCUGGCCUAGAGCUAUUUCCAGGCUGCAUGGAGUCCUGUUCCUGCCCCUCAGACGACUUUAACCCUGUCUGUGACUCCAGCACUCGUGUGGAGUACAUCACGCCCUGCCAUGCAGGCUGCACAAGCCGGGUAGUGCAGGAGGUUCCAGACAAGAGCCAGGUCUUCUACACCAACUGCAGCUGCGUGGCGGGGGGCGGCCCCGUGCCAGCUGGAUCCUGCGACUCAGCCUGCAGCCACCUGGUGCUUCCCUUCAUGAUCCUGAUCAGCCUGGGUGCCGCGCUGGCCAGUGUCACCCACACACCCUCCUUCAUGCUCAUCCUAAGGGGAGUGAAGAAAGAAGACAAGACUCUGGCUGUGGGGAUCCAGUUCAUGCUCAUGAGAGUUUUGGCCUGGAUGCCCAGCCCCGUGAUCCACGGCAGUGCCAUCGACACCACCUGUGUGUACUGGGCCCAGAGCUGUGGGCGUCAGGCUGUCUGCCGCUACUAUGACCACGACCUCCUUCGAAACCGGUUCAUCGGCCUCCAGUUCUUCUUCAAGAUAGGCUCCCUGGCCUGCUUUGCCUUGAUUUUGGCCAUCCUAAGGCAGCAGGACAAAGAGGAAAGGACCAAGGCGACCAUACCAAACCCUGGCCUGCAGCAGCAGCUGUUAGCAUCAGAGGCAAAGAAGGAGCCUGAGGAAUCCAGAGUGUGA